CAGUUGGAAGCAUGGAGAGUUUCUCUCAAAAGCAGAGAAAAUUUCUCAUCUCAAAAGCAAGAAACAGCAACAUUUUUCCAGUUCACAAAGAACAUCACAGAGGAAUAAAAAAAACAAUGAAAAAAACUUAAAAAGAAAAAAAUCAAAGAAGAGAACCAAUCAGAGGUGAGAAGAAGAUCAUAGUUCCAAGAUGACAGGAGGGAAAGCAAAGCUGAAGAAAACAUCAACAAAGCCAUCAAUGAAUGUGCUACCCUACCAAACACCAAGGCUGAGGGACCAUUAUAACCUUGGGAGGAAGCUAGGCCAGGGGCAAUUUGGGACAACAUACCAAUGCACAGAGAGAGCCACAGGGCUAGAAUAUGCCUGCAAAACAAUCCCCAAAAGGAAGCUUUUGGUGAAGGAGGAUUAUGAGGAUGUUUGGAGGGAAAUUCAGAUAAUGCACCACUUGUCUGAGCAUCCAAACGUUGUCAGGAUCAAAGGCACCUAUGAGGACAAUGUUUUUGUCCACCUAGUCAUGGAGCUUUGCAAAGGUGGGGAGCUGUUUGAUAGGAUUGUGGCAAAGGGGCAUUAUAGCGAGAGGAAAGCCGCGCAGCUGAUGAAAACCAUUGCAGGAGUUGUGGAGGCCUGCCACUCGCUCGGUGUCAUGCAUAGGGAUCUCAAGCCCGAAAACUUCCUCUUCGAUUCCCCCGAUGAGGAUGCCAAGCUUAAGUCCACCGACUUCGGCUUGUCUGUCUUCUUCAAGCCUGGGCAGUAUAUGUCUGAUGUGGUAGGAAGUCCCUAUUAUGUUGCACCAGAAGUGCUACAAAAACAUUAUGGGACUGAGGUUGAUGUGUGGAGUGCUGGUGUUAUUCUCUACAUCUUAUUGUCCGGGGUGCCUCCGUUCUGGGCAGAAACGGAUAAUGGGAUCUUCAGGCAGAUUUUGAAAGGCAAAUUAGACCUGGAAUCUGAUCCCUGGCCUUCGAUUUCAGACAGUGGGAAGGACUUGAUAAAGAAGAUGCUCCACCGCGACCCCAAGAAGCGAAUCACAGCUCAUGAUGUCUUGAGCCAUCCAUGGAUUGUGGAUGACACAGUUGCACCAGACAGGCCUUUGGGCUCAGCGGUCUUGUCGCGCCUAAAACAGUUCUCUGCUAUGAACAAACUUAAGAAGAUGGCGCUACGCGUCAUAGCAGAGCGAUUAUCGGAAGAAGAGAUAGGCGGGCUAAGGCAGCUAUUCAGAAUGAUUGACACAGAUGGCAGUGGAAGCAUCACAUAUGAGGAACUCAAACAAGGCUUGAAAAAAGUAGGAUCUGAGCUGACAGAGGCUGACAUUCAGGCCCUGAUGCACGCGGCUGACAUUGACAACAGUGGCACUAUUGACUAUGGUGAGUUUCUUGCUGCAACUCUGCACUUGAACAAGAUGGAGAGAGAGGAGAAUUUGCUGGCUGCAUUCUCCUACUUUGACAAGGAUGGCAGCGGUUACAUAACGGUCGACGAGCUCCAACAGGCCUGCAAGGAAUUUGGAUUGGGAGAUGCUAAGUUGGAAGACACUAUUAGAGAGAUUGAUAUAGACAAUGAUGGGCGUAUAGACUACGGGGAGUUUGCAACAAUGAUGAGGAAGGGCAAUGUAGGAAUUGCAGCCAGAAGUAUGAGAGGCAACUUGAAUUUCAACUUGGCAGAUGCAUUUGGAACAAAUGUUCCAAAAUAAAGAUCAUUAGAAGGAUGC